CUUUCUCAUUGGUAUAGAAAAGUGAAGCUACUCUCCUCUGAGACUGUAGCACAUUAACAUACUGUGACUUCUUGAAGACAGGAUUAAAGGAAGAUAUUUUAAUUAAUGCGGAAUAUGUCGACCACAGAUUUACCCCCGUAUUUUGCUGAACUCCACAUAAUCUAACUGCUGAGCUAAAUGUCAAUACGUUGGGCAUGGUUUCAAAGGAAGCAAGUGUAAUGUUAUUAGGUUAUGAUGAGGCGAGCAGUGUAAUAAAGCACUCCUGCAGCUUUGAAAUAAUUCAUGAAGGCAGUCAUGCUUUGGUGUAGGGUGACAUCCUGUGUUUUCCAUUGGAACUGUUGUCGUGCUGUUAGUGCAGAAAACAUUGAUUUUCUCUCAUUCAACAGCAUUGUAUGAAAUACUUGUUUAAUCUGCAUGCAGGACUCAACUCAUAGCAUUUCCAGAAAUAAUGCCAAAAGGCAAGGACUACUAAAUGCCACUGGUUUAUGUCCAUUGAAUAGACAUGACAUUCAGCUGUGUGUGGGAAGAUGCUGAGCUCCUUGGUGAAAGUUACAAACCUUCAGGCUAUUCAAUGCCUUCCUGUAAUCGGCAAACUGUAAUCAGAUGAUUCAAUGCUGCAUUGAGCUCUUUUUCUAAGCAAAGUUCACUCACAGUGGUGUCAUUAUUUUCCUAUCCAAACUGUAGGAAAUAUGAGAGGGAAGCAAAACAUUUGAGAAGCCCCAUGUGACUUCAAUAAGUGGGCCACCAAAGAUACCUGUGGUGUCACAGAAGGGGCAUUUGUGCUGCCUGAAAUGUAAACCCAGCUUGUUAUAUCUGAUCUAAAACAGGUGAUAACAAUGCAUAAAGGAGCAGGUUUAAUGGCUGCAAUAUGUAGAGCACCUUCAGUGGAAAUGCAUCACAACCGUCACUCCACUGGUCGUAGAGCGAGAUUUCGAGAGAGCUUUCAUAAAUAGGAAUUACGUUUAUAAUCCUGAUGCUGUGGGGAAGAGGCAAUAGUAAUCUGAUUUAUCUGUGACACCAAACAUUUCAUCCCUUAUUUCCGCAGUGCUGUAGAUGUCCAAACAUAGAGCACAUCUCAUAAACAGUUAAACCAAAGAAGCAAGGUUAGAACACGACAGUGCAGAUGUAUGUGCAGAAAACUAUUUAAAGACCACCCCUUUAGGCAGAAUAGACACAUUUAAUAAAUAUAAGGACAAUAUAAAGCUGGAUGUAAGUCAUAUAACACCAGCCGAUAUGAGCUGUGCAGUAGGCUUGUAUAAUAACUGCUAAUUAAUGCGCAAUUAGAGAAGAUGUUGCAAUAAGGGUUGUACAAGUGGACAGAUUGAGCUGUGUAUUAGAUCUGGCCUAUGUGCUCUCAGCUCAGAGAAGUACUUGACAUCUGAUAGCGGAUGACAGCAACACAUUAUGUGUGAAACAGAUAUUUAGUGCAGCAGCUCCUCUACGUAUGGCUUAGAGCUCACAGAGUGUUAAUCAAACCAGUACAUGUGAGACAGAUGGACUGGUGAUGAUGAUGAUGAUGAUGAUGAUGAAGGGUUUUACUGUCUUUUGGACCAGCCAAAGUCACAUGAUAGGAGUGCUGACGACCACUGUGCUGUGUCACUUCCUCUUAUCAUUCCACAAACCGAUUGCCAUUAAGUCAGCAAGACCUUUACGCUGUUUGGCACACAAAGACAGAGAGGAGGCCAAGGAGUUGAUGGAUACGGUAUCCCCUAACGUGAACUAACAACAACUACAAGCAACACAAGUGGACCAAGCAUAAUCAGACUACCUAAUCCCACUCGGACAGCAACACACUACUGUAACAAACGGACCACCGUGGGACCAGCUAACAGACAGAUUGACACUUUGACCAGACAGGGCUUCAGAUAAAUGGCUGACAAGCAGAUCAGUUUGCCUGCCAAAUUGAUCAAUGGGGGGAUCGCUGGCCUAAUUGGAGUGACCUGUGUGUUUCCCAUUGACCUGGCCAAGACUCGCUUGCAAAACCAGCAAAAUGGAUCUCGCCUUUACACCAGCCUGUCAGAUUGCCUUAUUAAGACCAUCCGAUCAGAGGGGUAUUUUGGGAUGUACCGUGGAGCGGCGGUGAAUUUAACAUUAGUUACGCCAGAGAAAGCCAUCAAAUUGGCUGCCAACGACUUCUUCAGGCAACAUCUCUCCAAGGAUGGAAAACUCACUCUGGUCAAGGAGAUGCUGGCUGGGUGCGGAGCGGGGACAUGCCAGGUUAUUGUCACAACUCCUAUGGAGAUGCUGAAAAUCCAACUCCAAGAUGCUGGACGAAUUGAGGCUCAAAGGAAGCUGAUGCCAGAGACGGUGGCAGCAGGUACUCUGGAGACCAAAUCCCCAACAGCCAUACAGCUCACCAGAGAAUUAUUUAGGGAAAAGGGCAUUGCUGGUCUGUAUAAGGGCCUCGGUGCCACACUGCUCAGGGAUGUUCCUUUCUCCAUGAUCUAUUUCCCGCUUUUUGCCAACCUGAACGACCUGGGAAAACAAGGCAAAGAAGGACCGGCUCCUUUCUACGUGUCGUUUAUAUCAGGCUGCCUUGCAGGGAGCACAGCGGCUGUUGUUGUCAACCCUGUCGAUGUGAUAAAGACUAGACUGCAGUCGCUGAACCGAGGGAGCACGGAAGACACGUACAGUGGAGUGAUUGACUGUAUCAGGAAAAUCUGGAAAAAUGAGGGUUCAUCAGCCUUCCUGAAGGGAGCCUACUGUCGAGCCUUGGUCAUUGCACCGCUGUUUGGCAUCGCCCAGGUGAUCUACUUCCUGGGUGUGGGUGAAAUUAUCCUCAGCUAUUUGCCUAAAAGAGACAAAUAAGAAGCACCUUCUUUCUGCCUUUCCCUCCCACAAUGCAUCACGCCAACUUUGUGUGGGUUCAUCUCAUUCUGAAAGAAAUGUUCAAUCGGUUGAAGUAUGACCGAUCAGUACAUGUUGUUUUAAAUGUGUUAUUUUGAAUGUCUAAGUAGUUUAAGGAGGGAGCCUUUGUUUGCCAAGCUGCCUGUGGUGGCACACACAAAUCCAGUAGGCAUGCUAAGCUAGCUCUCUGGAAAUGAAGCCACACAUAUCAGUUAAGGUUUUAAUGGAAUAUUGCUUUAAUAACUGCAUUUUAUUGCAUUUUUUAAACUGAUUGUCGAAUUUUCAUAGUCAAUGUACUGCCCUAGGUUGCUGCAGGUCUGCAAGCCCAACACCAACUCAUUUAAAACAGCGCUAGUCUGUAGAGAAACAAUAGGGAACCAUUGAAAAUGCUAGAACAUACCUAGCUAAUUUGAGUGCACGUACUUUACUUGGAAAUAUAUCUGAAAACAUUAGAAUUACAACAAAUUUACCAAAUAAUAUUCAAAGAUUUCCCCUGACCUUAUGUCUUAAAAAAAUAAUAUAUAUAGAAUUCGAGAAAAAUAAAGGCCUCUGUUUCAGGCAAAGACCCAGGGAAUGCGUUGAUGUGAUGCCAGCACAGCCCCUAUGAUCUUUCCUGAGGAACCACAUCCCUUCCUGUAAGUGGUUAUAAUGAACUCAGCCAUUCAGCUCUGAGCAGGCUUUGAUAGCCUUGGCUUUUUAAGUAGAUCAGGUUCCAUCUGAUAUUUAGUGCUACCACAAUGGUUUGACUGUUUUGCCUCUGUGAAAAAGAUAUCUCCUGUUUUGUAGUCUAACCAUAGACUGAAGGCUCAGUGUACAGCGUUUGGGCUUUAUGCACUACUAACCUGCACGUACAUAUUGUUAAAAAACUGCCUAUAUGGUUAUUUACAUGGGUCAACUGUCAAGGCAGCAUGUUGUAUUUGUUGCCACACCUCAACAAGUGAAGUCACAGCGGGGGCUUUGCCUUCGAGGGAUGAUGACAAAUCACCUCCUGUGAUAUCACUGAUUGGAUUGUGGCCAAAUUGCUGUGCGCUUUUAAGAUUUCAGUCCACAGAGAACUGAGCGACAGCUGUUUUUUGUGAUUCAUGUUGGGCUCAAAUGAAAGCUGUGAACACUGAAUGGGUUGAGUCAUUUUAGUAGAAUAAUAUCCAGAUUAUUAGUGGCCAUUUAGUAAUUAUGCUGACAAACGGUCAGACAUCACAUGCCGAGUACAGUCGUCCAUUGUGGAGCCAGUUACUACAGUAAGAGCAGUUCAAACCCCUUAGAGCCAGACAUAAUUAAUAUUGUUUACAGAUGAUUACAUCACAUUUAAUUCACAUUCUUUGAAUUCAGUGUCAGGACCCAAAGAUCUAAUGAAUAACGUUCAUUUAUCAGAAAAUUAAACCAAUGUGUUUUCAGUGUUUUAUGAUUUUGACCAAACAUCUCGACUUAUUUGCUUCAGAGGUUUUUAUUUGCUUUAAGCUGCCAUGGGAAGCAGCCCUGUCCUAUCUUGUAUAUGCAUCACAACACUGAAGCCCUGCCAUUGGUUUAUCCCUCCGGAGAUCAAGGUGACUUUGAUGUGAAUUAUCCAAUCACAUUCCUUUCUCACUCCCACUGUUUAAGCAGCUCAUCAACUGCACUGUAGAAACGGGAUGCAACUUUACAAGGUAUUAUCAUUUGUGGGAGUGAGAUAUGCUUAUCAAUAUUCCUUUCGAUAGGCAGUAUAGCACUAUAUAUUUGUAUGUGUUGUUUUUUCUGUGUCAAAGUGUCCACCUUAUCUUUAUUGUACAUAUUCAGAUGAUAUGAACUCUAUGUUUCAGGAUGUGUUGUUUGUUUUGUACAUGAUGGCUUAUUUGCACACCCUCUCCAAUUCCCCCCUCAAUCCGUAUUGUGGUGAUUUUAUUUUAUGACGAUGUGGACAUAUCAAAUGAAGGAAAAUGUUUUAAUGCAACAAGCGUCAUUUCAACAUUAAUGCAGCACAUUGAUAAGUGUUUUGACCGAUUGUCUAGUUUCCUACAGUUUUAUCAACUAGGACCAAACGGAGCAUCAUAUAAGGUUGAUAGAAAUUUAGUUAGUUUUAAGUGAAUGACCUCUGGCAUUAAUUAAACCGUUCUGAAAGGGAAAUAGGGAACUGCUGACAAAGGACUGUAAAUCUAACAUCUGUGAAUGGUGCUUUUUCCACACGGUAGCUGCAAUAUGACAUUGAUGGCACCAACGACCAAGGCUGUCACAUGCUAGCUAGCAUUAUCAAUGUCUUUACUGAAAGCCAUAGGUCAGGGAGGGACAUCAGAUCUGUUAGACAUGGACUGGCGCCUCCAGCCGUGUUUACAGAUGACAGCUGAUCCACAGGAAAACGGCAAAAAGACCUGCCUCUCAUGUGAGCUUGUCUUUAUAAAUUACUGUUGUAGUUUUUCAACAUGUUCAUCUCAUAAAUGCUGAUAUUGUAAUCAUGCCUAUUUUUUGUGUCGUUGAGAAUGAGAUUAUUGUUAUGAUUUUGAAACCUCCCUCAACUCCUAACUGCCCAAUGUUAAUGUGCAAGUUAUUUUCUUUUACUCAGAUGUGAAUUUUCACUGACCUUGUGCAUUUGGUUUUGUAUGUGCGUGUGUGUGUCUGACUGUGUAGUGCUGUAGUUGAUGUGUAGUUGUUAGUGUGACACUGCGGUAUUUUUCUCUUUGAUUGUCAGACCCAUGCUCUCUCCCCUCUUUCCUUCUAUCUUUCACACUCCUCUGCCAUCUACUCUCCGCUGCAUCCACAGCUGCAGGUAUAUGUGGAGGAGCUCUAAAACACCAAAUGUAUGACUAAGAGUGUAAACAAUCAAAGGAAAGCACACAGAAAUAUUAGGCACAAGAAACCACAUGGCCCUCUUUAAAGACACUCAGACAAAGUCCUUGGAUCUGCUGCCUUUGCAGACCUGGAUUAAAGUCUGAUUUAUUUCAGUGGAGAUGUCGAUUGAGAUGAACUUUGUAGUCUUGUAAGAAAGUUUAUUUAUGUCUGUAAAACUUGAUCUAUAGGGCUGAGACGACGGUCAUUAUAAUAGACCCAUGUGAUGGUCCACUAUGUCACCCAUCAGCAGUUAUUCACAAAAGGUAUAUCGCCUACAUAUUCUAAAUGAAUCAGAUAUAAGAAUGUAUCUUCUAUAUAUAUAUAUAUCUCUGUAGAUGUUAUGAGAUGUAUUAUAAUUAUAGUGAAGAGUUUAUUACAUUUUAAUCGAAAGAUUUGUGCUUUACACAUUCACCGGGAAAAAAAUCAAGAACCAGCUGACUGAUAUGCAAUAAGUAGAGUCAACACACAAACACACACUUGAAACAAAUAUAUAUACACGAAGCAAAACACAAUGUAUGAUGCAUGUGGGGACCUUGAAGGCCUUCUGGGGUCUCCUCUCAGCCUCUGUUGUCUUCCUCCAAGAGGAAUUGUGCAUUAUUGCACUUUAAAAUAUGAAGGACCCUCACCAUAUUCUCCAUCUACUAUGUCUCUCUCUGUGGAGGGUGUUUAUGAAAUGUUUGGUGAGUGACGCAUUUGUCCAAGGCAUUGUUGACAAUGCAAUUAAAAAUAAAUAUUGUGUUCCCUGUCACAAUUUGCUGUUCAAUAAACUGACUGUCCUAAAA